UACCGGCCGCCAUUUUGGGAACAAUGUUGUUCCGCCAUUGCAAAAUGUGGUUGUAGUGUUUGCCAAAAACAUAUAAUUUAGGCAUGCGGACAUAAGUUUUUGUGAAUAUUAAGUGAUAAUUAUUAAAAAUGGAAGACGAAUAUAUGAAUACACAGGACUCGGGUAUGAACGAUGUUAUUAAUCGCAGUAGUGAAGGAAACGAUAGUGUAAGUGAGACAUCCAAAGAUUUCGUUGAUCCAGCUAAUUAUGAUGAUAGUUUUGAAGAUGAAGACGGCGGUAACAGUUUUCGAGGUGGUCGAGGUGGUCGAGGAAAUUUUAGGGGACGCGGCCGUGGUCCACCUCCAGGAUGGAUGAACGGCCCACCACCACCGAUGCGUUUUCGCGGCAGGGGUUACGGCCCUGGUGGACCACCAAUGAGAGGUCGAGGCUUUUUCCGAGGCCGCGGUGGACCUCGCUUUGGACCUAACAAUGGACCCAACUUUGAUAACAACUGGGGCCCUAUGGGUCCUCCUCCUCCGGGUAUGAUGGGUGGUCCGCCACCAUUCGGUCCUCCGCCCGGUAUGAUGCCACCUGGAGGUCCUAUGGGACCCCCGCCGAAUAUGAUGGGCCAGCCUCCACCAUUUGGACCACCGGGAAUGCCACCACCAAAUAUGCCGGCGCCAGAACUCUGGGUUGAGACUAAGUCAGAGGAGGGGAAAUCGUACUACUACCACGCGAGGACUCGUGAAACAACGUGGACCCGGCCGCAAGAGGGACCUACCUGUAAGGUCAUCACGCAGGCUGAGAUGGAGUCUAUGGCUGUUACGGGUCAAAUGCCAGGUAUGGGAGGUCAGUCGAUGCCAAUGAACGGACCGAUGGGCGGUCCACCGAUGGGAGGACCCCCCAUGGGCAUGAUGAAUGGUAUGAUGGGCAUGAUGCCGCCUGGCGUGGGUCCAGCGCCGGGGGCCGUCCCUCCGUUCAUGACUCAACCUCCUCCAUGGGUUAAAGACAAUAACAAUCAAAUGUCCACCCCAAAAGACAAACAGGACAGCUCCCCAGAAGACGAGGCACCUCCCGGGGACUCUGCUCCCUCGCAGUCCCCCGCUCAGACCCCUACACAGCCACCAGGCGGCGCGUGGGGCGGCUGGGGCUGGGCGCCGCCGCUCGUGGCGCAGCCGCCCGGCCUGGCCGCCGCCGCCGUGCCCGACAAGGGUGCAGCCACACAGCUACCACAAAUGGGCGCUCCGUUGGCCGGCAGCGAAGCCCCCUCCGAGCAACCUGCAGCGCCGCCUAAGAAGGAGGAAACUGCGGUGCCGGCGUCGCUGCAGGCGCUGGCGGCGGAGUGGAGCUCGCACCGCGCGCCCGACGGCCGCCCCUACUACUACCACGCCGCCACGCAGCACAGCGUGUGGGAGAAGCCGCCGCCGCUGCGGGACCUGGAGGAGUUGCAAGCUAAGAUAUCUAUCGAGAAGGCGGACAAGUCUGAGAAGAAGACGGACAGAAUAGAUCUCGACGACAGUAAGAUUGAAGUGAUAGACGUGGACGCGCACGCGGAGGCGCAGGCGGCGGCCGAGGCGGCGGCGGAGCGCGAGCGCGCCGACCGCGAGCGCGAGGAGCUGGAGCGCCGCGAGCGGGACCGCGCCGAGCGCGAGCGCGCUGAGCGGGAGCGCGCCGAGAAGGAGAAGGCCAAGACCGACAAGAGCCGCCCCGUCUCCAGCACGCCCAUCUCCGGCACGCCCUGGUGCGUGGUGUGGACGGGCGACGGUCGCGUGUUCUUCUACAACCCGACGGCGCGCCUGUCGGUGUGGGAGCGGCCGGCGCAGCUGGCGGGCCGGCCGGACGUCGACCAGGCCGUGUCGCAGCCGCCGCACGGGAAGGACGCCGCGGCAAAAGACAAAGUAGCGACGACGACGCCGUCGAAGAACGCAAACGGAGAGCUAAAGAGGAACGCAGAGUCCGAAUCCUCAGACUCUGAAGCCGAACCCGCCAAGAAAGCCAAACCAGAAGAGAGCGCGGCGGGCGCGGCGGGCGCGGCGGGCGCGGCGGGCGAGGCUCCGCGGCGGCGCGCGCUGCAGAUCGACGCGGGCGCGGAGGCGGCCAUGGAGGCGGAGUCGCGCGCGGCCCGCGAGCGCGCCGUGGUGCCGUUCGAGCAGCGCGUGCGCGCCUUCCUGCAGAUGCUGCACGAGAGCGACGUGUCCGCCUUCUCGCCCUGGGAGAAGGAGCUGCACAAGAUCGUGUUCGACAGCCGCUACCUGCUGCUCGACUCCAAGGAGCGGAAGCAGGUGUUUGACAAAUACGUUCGCGAACGUGCUGAGGAAGAGAGGAAAGAGAAGAAAAACAGAUUGCAACAGAAGAAACAGGCCUUCAGGCUGCUCAUGGAGGAAGCCAAGCUACAUUCCAAAUCGUCGUUCAUGGACUUCUCGAGCAAGUACAGUCGCGACGAGCGGUUCAAGAACAUCGAGAAGAUGCGUGACAGGGAGACGUACUUCAACGACUACAUCGCGGAGGUCAGGAAGAAGGAGAAGGAGGACAAGGACAGGAAGAGGGAACAGGCCAAGACGGAGUUCAUAGCGCUCCUCAAAGAGAAGGCGGUCGAUCGUCACGCGCGUUGGGUCGACGUCAAGAAGAAAAUCGACUCGGACUCGCGGUACAAGGCCGUCGAGAGUAGUUCCAUGAGGGAGGAUUACUUUAGGGAGUAUUGUAAGAUCGUUAAAGAAGAGAGGAAGAAGGAGAAGGACGGAAAGGAAAAAGAGCGCGAGCGAGGCAGCAAGAAGGACAAAAAGGACAAGGAGCGAGACAAGGACAAGGACAGAGAGAAGGACAGCAAGAAGGACAAGAAGAAGGAGAAAGCCGGUGACGAGCCGGUAGCCGAGGCGUCGGAGGCGGAGGAGGUGGAGCCCGAGGAGACGGAGAGCGAGGCGGCGAAGGAGCGCGAGGCGCGCGCGCAGGCCUCCAUCAAGGAGCGCGAGCGGCAGGUGCAGCGCGCGCUCGCCACCAGCCUGCGCGACCGCGACAAGGAGCGCGAGUACCACAAGCGCGACGAGGCCGUGCAGCACUUCAACGCACUCCUCGCCGACUUAGUGCGGAACCCUGACUUGACGUGGCGCGAAGCUAAGAAACAACUAAAGAAGGACCACCGAUACGGUCUCGCCGAGGAGCUCAACAAGGACGAUAAGGAGCGGCUGUUCAGCCAGCACAUCAGCGCGCUGUCGAGCAAGCGGCGCGACAAGCUGCGCGCGCUGCUGGCCGAGCUCGGCGUGAGCUGCACGGCGCACUGGCGGGACGUCAAGAAGCAGCUCGCCGAGCUGCCCGCCGCGCCCGCCUACCGCAGCGCGCCGCAGAUGGAGCGCGAGUUCCGCGACUACCAGCGCGACAAGCAGAACGCGGCGAAGACGGCGCUGCGCCAGCUGCUGCUGGAGACGCGCUGCAUCACGCACCGCUCGCUGGCCGCCGUGCGCGAGGGGCCCGCCGCCAUGCAGCUCAUACAGGACACGCUCAAGCACGACGCCAGGUACACGGCUCUUGAUCACAUAACGGAGGAGCGACAACAGAUCAUAACGAGCUACCUCGAGGAGCUGGAGAAGAAGGGCCCCCCGCCGCCGCCCACGGCUACGGAGCCCUCGCGACGUGCUAAGCAGUGACGGUUGCAGAGGGACAAGCGACGGAGCAUUCUGUUUAAUAAGAAACUGUAACCCUCAGCUGCGAUUUGUGUCUGUGAAUAUUUUAGUAAUAAUUUGUAUUAAAAAAAAAAUAGAAACACA